AUGGUCACCCGAAACGCCUCAAAGAAGCGCAAGGCUGUUACUCGUGAUGUGGAGGAGGAAGCUGGGGUUUUCUCAGGUGAUGAAUUGAGCGCGGAGAAUCUCGAUGGCGCCCUCUCAGACAAUGACAACGAACUUUCGGAGAGCGAAGAUGAGAGCGAUUCCGAAAUCGAGCUGAUUGACGACUUCAGCGAUGAAGAUGAUGAGGAAGAGGAAUUGGACAGCGACGAGAUCCCAUCCGAUGACGAAGACGAGAAGGAGCAGAAAAAGACCGUCAAACGCUCCAAUGCCGACGACCCCAAUGUUCGUAUCGUGAAGGAUGCCAAUGGAAACGACCGCUACCUAUACGACGAAAUCAUUCCUGACGACAACUCGGACUAUUCGGAGGCAGAGGAAAAUGCCAACACUAUUGGUGACAUUCCUUUGACAUUCUACGACCAGUACCCUCACAUCGGUUACGACAUCAAUGGAAAGAAGAUUAUGCGCCCGGCCAAGGGUGAAGCGCUGGAUGCAUUGUUGGACAGCAUCGAGAUCCCCAAGGGCUGGACCGGUCUUACCGACCCAUCCACUGGCAAGCCAUUGAACUUGAGUCAAUCUGAGUUAGAACUGUUGAAGAAGGUGCAGAUGAAUGAGAUCACUAGCGAGGGAUAUGAUCAAUAUGAGCCUCUGGUGGAAUACUUCUCUGGCAAGCAGGAGAUCAUGCCACUUAGCGCUGCCCCGGAACCCAAGCGCCGAUUCGUGCCAUCUAAGCAUGAGGCUAAGCGUGUGAUGAAGAUUGUGAAGGCUAUCCGUGAGGGCCGCAUUCUUCCAUACAGGCCACCAGAGGAGCGUGAGGAACAGGAUGAUACCGUGGUCAACUUCGAUCUCUGGGCCGAUGAGGUCGAGCGAAAGGAUCACAUCAUGCACAUCCCGGCACCCAAGCUCCCGCCGCCUGGUUACGAGGAGAGCUAUCACCCGCCCCCGGAGUAUCUGCCCGAUAAGAAAGAGCGCAAGGAGUGGGAGCAGACAGACCCCGAAGAUCGUGAGAAGGAAUUCCUGCCCAAUGACUAUGGUUCUCUCCGUCGUGUCCCAGGUUUCGAGAACUUUAUUAAGGAAAAGUUCGAGCGUUGCUUGGAUCUGUACCUGGCACCCAGAGUGCGUCGCAGCAAGCUGAACAUCGAUCCUGAAAGCCUUCUUCCCAAGCUUCCCAGCCCUGAAGAGCUCAAGCCCUUCCCCACGACCUGCGCGACAGUCUUCCGUGGACACAAGGGCCGUGUUCGCUCGCUCGCUGUGGACCCGACUGGAAUCUGGCUUGCAACUGGUGGCGAUGAUGGUACCGUUCGUGUUUGGGAACUCCUGACUGGUCGCCAACUUUGGAGCAUCAAGCUGAGUGAUGAGGAUGCUGUCAAUGUGGUCAGCUGGCGUCCCGGUAAGGAUGCCAUCGUUCUUGCCGCCGCCUGUGGAGACGAUCUCUACCUCGCAGUGCCUCCGAUUGCCGACCCCGAGAUCGAGAAGGCCAGUCUUGAGCUCGUCGAUGCCGGUUGGGGUUACGCAGCAUCUGCCCCUGCUCUCAACACCGUUGAGGCCAAGAAGGCCAACAAGCCCGUUCAGUGGAUCCGGCCUUCAUCUGCCCUGGCUGAUGCAGGUGUUUCCGUCGUCAUUCCUCUCCGUUACGUGCCCAAGUCCAUUUCCUGGCACCGUCGUGGUGACUACUUCGUCACCGUUUGCUCCGGUGCCUCGACCCCGGCAUCGGUGGCCAUCUCCAUUCACACUGUCUCCAAACACCUCACUCAAUUCCCCUUCCGACGCCGUCUCAAGGGUGGUGGUCCCCCGCAGACAGCCCACUUCCACCCCUCGAAGCCGAUCCUCUUCGUUGCCAACCAGCGCUCCAUUCGCGCAUACGACCUUUCACGACAACUGCUGGUCAAGAUCUUGCAGCCUGGUGCGCGCUGGAUCUCUUCCUUCGAUAUCCACCCUACCUCCUCGACUGCUUCCGGCGGCGAUAACAUCAUUAUCGGUUCGUACGAUCGUCGUCUGCUCUGGCACGAUCUCGACCUCUCGCCCCGCCCUUACAAGACUCUCCGUUACCACCGCAAGGCUAUUCGUGCCGUCAAGUUCCACCCUGGUGGUCGCUACCCCUUGUUCGCGGAUGCCAGUGACGACGGAUCUAUCCAGAUCUUCCACGGCAGUGUCACUGGUGACAUGCUUAGCAACGCCACCAUUGUUCCGCUUAAGGUUCUCAAGGGUCACAAGAUUACUGGAGAGUUGGGUGUCUUGGAUAUCGACUGGCACCCGCGUGAAGCGUGGUGUGUCAGUGCUGGUGCCGAUGGUACAUGUCGGUUGUGGAUGUAA